CUCUUUCUCGAUGUCCUUUUUUUUCUGGUUUAGGUCAGUCAGGGAAAUGUCCCAGGCAUUGAGAGUGCGUACUUGGCCAUGGACACUGAAGAGGGGGUGGAAGUGGUGUGGAACGAAGUGCAGUUUUCAGACAAGAAGGUUUUCAAGUCCUUUGAGGAGCGGAUAAAGGAGAUGUUUGAGAACCUGAUGCAGGUGGAGCAUCCGAACAUUGUGAAGUUUCACAAGUACUGGUUGGACAUGAGCGAGAGCAGAGCGAGGGUGAUUUUUAUCACUGAAUAUAUGUCAUCUGGAAGUCUCAAGCAGUUUUUGAAGAAGACCAAGAAAAACCACAAAACUAUGAAUGUGAAGGCAUGGAAGCGUUGGUGCACGCAGAUACUUUCUGCACUCAGUUACUUGCAUUCAUGUGAUCCACCUAUUAUUCACGGUAACCUGACCUGUGACACCAUCUUUAUCCAGCACAAUGGUCUCAUAAAGAUCGGUUCAGUUUGGCACAGGCUGUUUGUUAACGUAUUUGCUGAGGCGAUUCAUGGUAAUGUGCAUCAACAUCGAGAUGAAAUGCGGAACCAGCAUUUCUUUGCUCCGGAGUAUGGCAUUGCUGAAGAUGACUACGCCAUUGAUAUAUUUUCAUUUGGCAUCUGUGCCUUGGAGAUGGCAGUACUGGAAAUCCAGGCCAAUGGAGAGACUGCAGUUUCGAAAGAGGCCAUUGAUCAUGCUGGACAAUCACUCGAGGACCCUCUCAUGAGGGAAUUUAUCCAGUCGUGUGUGCUCACAGAAGCCAAGACGAGACCUACAGCUCAUGACCUGCUGUUCCACAGAGUGUUAUUUGAGGUCCACUCCUUAAAACUGCUUGCUGCGCACUGCUUUAUCAAUAACCAGUAUCUCCUUCCUGAGAAUUGUGUGGAAGAGAAAACUAAAUCUAUUGACCCUAAUGGCAUCAUGGCAGAGAUUAAUCAUCGUGACCGACCUGGAGUCCAUCUAAAGUACUCUCACGUUUCUCCUCUGGAGCUGGACAAAUUCCUUGAGGAUGUGAAGAACGGCAUAUAUCCCCUCAUGAACUUUGCUUCCCAGCGGCCGCAUCCUAUCCCCCGUGCUCUUUCUUUGUCACAGGAACAGAUGGAGACUGUGAAGACCCCAACCCCAGAACCACAGGAGACUGAAACCAGAAAGGUUGUCCAGAUCCACUGUCAUUUGGAAGCGAAUGAGGAAGGCACAAGGAGUCAUCUCUCUCUUUUUUUAAAGAUGGAUGACAGGCUUCACCGUCAGCUUAGCUGUGAUGUUUUGCCAUCUGACAGUCCCAAAGAUUUGGCUAGUGAAUUGGUUCACCAUGCUUUCAUCAGUGAGGUAAGCUCAAGAUCUUCUAAACGUCAGGCUUCUUCGUGCCUUUUAGUCACAUUUAGCAGAUAA